GAAGGCAAGGCACUGCAAAAGAGUGACUUCAAUUAUCAAUGGGAUCUCAGUACUCACACAUUGGCUGUCUCGGACGCACAGGUAUAGGAUGUUAUUGCUAUUUUAGAUGAGAAAAAUAUUAAUUUCGAGAAUUCUAGGUAAAACAUAGCCUGAGGUGGCUUACAAAUUCAAUCCUUUCUUCUUAGGGCCACGAAAGCGGUGUUUACGAAUGCAUCGCGUACAGUCCCACGUCUCAAAAAAGCUCGAGUGCCACAGUCAUUGUUCGGGGUAGGUCAUAAUAAUAUAAUAAUAAUAUAGUACUAUUUAUAUAGCCCUAUUUACGCAUGGUCAGACAGUUUGAUAGAAUUAAAAAUUGCAAUUAAAAAUUAUAAUGCAAAUAUUCUUCUUAACUCUGUGGUCCAAUAAGCACCAUCGCAUUUAUAUUUCCUCUUGUAGUGACACUAGAGAAAUGAGAGGAGAUCCUUACCGGACCUCUAGGGUGAACAGUUUAGAACUGAUAGAGUUGUCCAGUAUAAAUAAAGUUAGUUUAGUUUAGAUUUCCUCCUGUAGUAACACUGGAUCAAUGAGAGUUGACUCUUACUAAACCUCUAGGGAGAACAGUUUAGAACUAACCGAGCUAUCCAGUAUAAACAAGGUUAGUUUAGUUUAGGUUUCCUCCUGUAAUUACACUGGACAAAUAAGAGAUGAUCCUUACUGGGCCUCGGGAGAACAGCUUAGAACUGACAGACCUAUCCAGUGUCAAUAAAGUUAGUUUAGUUCAGGUUUUCUCCUGUAGUAACACUGGAUCAAUAAGAGAUGAUCCUUACUGGACCUCUAGGGAGAACAGUUUAGAACUGAUAGAGCUAUCCAGUAUAAAUAAAGUUAGUUUAGUUUAGGUUUCCUCCUGUAGUAACACUGGAUCAAUAAGAGAUGAUCCUUACUGGACCUCUAGGGAGAACAGUUUGGAUCUAACAGAGCUAUCCAGUAUAAAUAAAGUUAGUUUAGUUUAGGUUUCCUCCUGUAGUAACACUGGAUCGAUGAGAGAUGACUCUUACUGGACCUCUAGGGAGAACAGUUUGGAUCUAACAGAGCUAUCCAGUAUAAUAUUAAUUUCACUGAGUUCAUAUCACUAACAAUUGUUUUUAUUUCCUAGCUCUGCCUUACCCACCACAGAAAUUAACUUUACACGGCAAGUGUACAGACCUGACUGCAAACCUAACAUGGGUCAUCGGUCACAGAAACGCCUACGAACCUCUCACGCGCAUACUCAUACAGUGGAGUGCGUCACGUGACACUAGCACGUGGUAUAAUUUCUCUGAUCACGUGGCAGGCAGUGCUGAUGGUCACGUGGUAAAAGGACUGAACCCUUACAGUGAUAUCGUGUUUCGAGUGAUUGCUGCAAAUCAACAUGGAAUGGGGAAACCAAGUAAUGUGACUGCAGGACAGGAAUGCAAGACGCCGGCAGCAAGUAAGUAUCGUCAACUAAUUGAAUAAGUAUCCGCCAUUCUUUCAUGAUACUUGUCAUGUCCACCGGCAGUUGCUUGAUAUUUUCAUCUUCUUAGAUCUUUAAAUGUCGAGCUCCUUUAUAUAUCUGACUGGCCCUCCUUCAUAUCUUCUUAUUACGUCUCAGCCUUGCUUCCCUCGACUUCUCUGCAAUGUCUACCACGGACCCCAGAUCGUCUGAUCUCUUCAUUCCAUAAUGUCUCUGGCAAGCUUUCCUUCAUCUCUUCUUAUUACGUGUUCAUACCAUCUCAGCCGUGCUUCUCUCACCUUCUCUGCAAUGUCUACCACACCAGAUCUUCUUCUGAUCUCUUCAUUCCAUAAUGUUUCUGACCAGUUCUCCUUCAUCUCUUCUUUUUACGUGUCCAUACCGUCUCAACUUUGCUUCCCUCACCUUCUCUGAAAUGUCUACCACCCCACAUCUUCUUCUGAUCUCUUCAUUCCAUAAUGUCUCUGACCAGCUUUCCUUCAUCUCUUCUUAUUACGUGUCCAUACCAUCUCAACCUUGCUUCCCUCACCUUCUCUGCAAUGUCUACCACCCACAUCUUUUUAUGAUCUCUUCAUUCCAUAAUGUCUCUAACCAGCUAUCCUUCAUCUCUUCUUAUCACGUGGACACGUAUCUCAACCUUGCUUCCCUCACCUUCACCACACUGUCUAGCACUUAACCCCUAAUUCCUUUUCUUGUUCCGUAAAACAUCGAAGAUCCACUUCAACAUUUGCAUCUCCGUGCUAACAUUAUUUUGUCUUCUCAAACAGAACCGGCAAUUUGUCCUGCGAACGUGCAAGGAAAUUCAACACAUCCACACGACAUUAACGUUACAUGGCAGGUAUGAAUAAAUAUUCAUUAUUUCAUGUAUAAUUAAUCUAUCGCCCGUAUUCUAAAAGCUCACUCAAACUCACACUCAAUGAGUGGAAGUUCAAUCUGAGCUUCUCUGGAGUGUCAAUGCUAUUUUUGAAUAGCUGUUUCUAACAUACUGUACUUCUGCUUUGAGGAUGUGGAACCGCUCCGUCAAAAUGGUCCUGGAUUUGGUUACAUCGUCCGCUACAAAAAGCAGAGCUCGGCAUCAUGGAAUGAGAAAACUAUUCCUUAUGGAAAUGAACCAAUGUUUACUAUUGCUAAUACUUCAGCCAGUGAAUUGUGGGACGUCCAAAUACAGAGUUAUAAUGAUGAGGGCACUGGGCCCCAAUGUCCUGUUGUGCAAGCGCAGUCUGGAAAAGAAGGUACAGUAAUAUACUGAUAUUUGAAUGUUUUCGGUUUUCCCACCUUCGGGAAAUAUGGCUAGGAAGCAAUUGUUCCUGGUUUGUCCACCUUCAUUUUUCUGGUUUGUCCACCUUCGGGAAACAUGGCUAGGAAGCAAUGUUUCCCGGUUUGUCCACCUUCAGGAAACAUGGCUAGGAAACAAUGUUUCCUGGUUUGUCCACCUUCAGGAAACAUGGCUACGAAACAAUGUAUCUUUGGCAAAAUAGUUUAUUUUUUAACAGCUGUUAACUAUUUCGCUUAAAUAUUUCCUAACAUUUAUUAUUGUUCUCAAACUAUUUUUCACACAGCGGAAAUCAUGUUCAGAAUACGGCCAGAAAACAAGACAAAUGUUCAAAAAGGAAGCAAUUUCUCGUUGCAUUGCGAAGCUCACUCUAAACCACGGCUGUCUAUCAAUUACAAGUGGCUUCAUGAAGGCAAGGAAUUGAGUGAAACGGGCAUGACGUAUACGGUCUCGAAAUCUCGGGUGAGUAAUGCGAGCUUGAUAUUCAAAACCUCAUCCACUCUUGCACGAUUUCCCUUUGUACAUUCACAUGGGAAGUUGGAAACAGAACGAAACUUUUUUAGAACGAACGCUUUUUGAAAAACGUCAAAAGCGUGCUUGUAGAAUAUUACCAGAUCGUCGGUAUAAUGAAGCCCUGGAUCAAUUGGGUCUCACUACCUUGGCUGCAAGAAGACAGAACUUAGCUAACAAACGUGUACAACUUAACAUUAUUCAGCCGACGUGCAAGACCUAGGCUACGAGUAUUCUAAGUUAUAUCAGAAUUCUCUAUCUACAGUAGUAUAUAUACAGUACUGUAAACUGAAGCAUGACAGCUUGUCGAUUAUUUAGGAGGAUUUUCGUUUUGACGUAUUUUCAUAUCGUUGGAAACCUUCAUGUUUCCGAGAGAAAUCUCAAAAAAAGGCAACAUGCUGCCCCCAUAUUGUUUAGCCCCAGCCUCUGGCCUCAAUGUUAGCCCCACUAGUGACCUCCCACCCCCUGCUCAAUGAAAGGUCCUCCUUAUUUCCCAGUAGAUUGAUUUACAUGAAAUAUUUUUUCAUUUCUAGCUGCAAGACAGCGGGAAGUAUGAAUGUGUUGCGUAUGUCAAGACUUCCAUCUAUAAUGUAGAGAAGCGCUCAGCGUCAACUGUUUUUGUACGAGGUAGGUUCAAAAAUAUUUUGAACAUUCAUUGUGAGAUUACAGCAACAAAAUAAGUGAAAAAAUAAACUGUAAUACACAGUAUACAAAGCUUCUCUCUGCAAUACACAGUAUCUAAAGAAACGUUGCACAUGUGCAAAUGCACAACUUCUAUACACAAGUAAAAACGUGGAGUUGUUAAAGAUCUGGAAACAAGUUGUAACAAGGUUGUUGUCAAGUCGAUAUCAGGAUGUGUUCGCACUGCUUGUUCCCAGUUGUUGUGACAAGUCUGGAACAAGUUGUUAUCAUCUUGUUACAAGGUUGAUGACGGUAACAGACUUGCUACGAGUUGUUCCAACAAGACAACACAGGCUGUUCGUAACAAGUCGCUACGAGCUUGUUGUCAUCAAAUUGUUGCGUGCAGACGAUAUCAGACUUGUUGGAACAACUUGCUGCGAAUCGGUUGGCCUCAUGGACCUUGAUAAAAACAGGCAUGUAAACAUAGAAAUACUUUGAAGGAUUUGUAAGAAAAGUUUGAGCAAACGGACUUAAUGUUAAACUAAAACAUUAAGUUAGUUCCCUCAAACAUUUCUUACAAAUCCUUCAAAACUUAGAAUUUACCUAUGCAAAAUUCCUACUGUGAUCACAGAAACUUUGAUAGUCUAAACCAGGCGAUACACACGUACACAAGGUCGUUCUAACAAGUCUGUUAAACCAGGCGAUACACACGUAACAAGGUCGUUCUAACAAGUCUGAUACAAUCAUGAUAUAACAAGAAUGUUACAAGGUUGUUCUAACAAGUCUGAUACAAUCAUGAUAUAACAAGAAUGUUACAAGGUUGUUCUAACAAGUCUGAUACAAUCAUGAUAUAACAAGAAUGUUACAAGGUUGUUCUAACAAGUCUGAUACAGUCAUGAUAUAACAAGAAUGUUACAAGGUUGUUCUAACAAGUCUGAUACAAUCAUGAUAUAACAAGAAUGUUACAAGGUUGUUCUAACAAGUCUGAUACAAUCAUGAUAUAACAAGAAUGUUACAAGGUUGUUCUAACAAGUCUGAUACAAUCAUGAUAUAACAAGAAUGUUACAAGGUUGUUCUAACAAGUCUGAUACCGAUACUGUUAUACGAUUAUUGUAUCGGACUUGUUAGAACAACCUUGCAAUAAGUCUGAUAACAUCAGGCUUGUUUACAAGUUGUUAACAGCUUGUUCCAAACUUGUUGACAACUUGGGACAAGCAGUGCGAACACAACUUGUUGACGACUUGUUGGCAGACUUGCUACAAGAUGUGAGAUUUUUGAGUGUGUAGAUGAGCUCAAUGCAUUCUUAUAACUUUUCCAGGACCACCAGAUGCUCCUCGCGACCUAACCCUCAAUGGCAAAUGCUCAGAGAACUCUGCGAACCUAACAUGGACGAUAAGCCGACAUUCCUAUCAACCUUUGACAAACAUCACGAUACAAUGGGCUAUAUCAGGUGACACGAGCACGUGGUAUGACGUCACGGAUCAUGUGGCAGGUAGUGCAAAUGGUCACGUGGUUCGAGGAUUAAACCCGUAUAGUGAUAUCGUGUUUCGAGUUACUGUUGUGAACAAAUAUGGACAGAGUGCGCCAAGUGACUCAACAUCAGGACAAGAAUGCAAGACAGCGCAAGCAAGUGAGUGGAAAGUUUUGGAAAUAAAUUUCCAUGCCUUCUCUGGAUAACUGGAUACCUCUAUCGGUUCAACGCUGGAUAGCUCUAUCAGUUCUGAACUGUUCUCCCUAAAGAUCCAGUAAGGGUCAUAUCUUAUUGAUCCAGUGUUACUACAGAAGGAAACCUAAACUAUUAAACGAACUUUAUUUAUACUGGAUAGCUCUAUCAGUUCUAAACUGAUCUCCCUAGAGGUCCAGUAAGGAUCAUCUCUUAUUGAAAGUAACUUUAUUUAUGCUGGAUAGCUCUAUCAUCUCUUGUUGAUCCAGUGUUACCACAAAAGGAAACCCAAGCUAAUCUAACCUUAUUUAUACUGGAUAGCUCUAUGCCAAUGAAGGAAGAAAUACAAUGUAAAACUAUUUUUGAUAUCUUUCUUUACAGAACCCACAGUAUGUCCAACAGACGUGGAAGGAUCGGCUGACGUACCACACACAAUUGUCAUUUCAUGGAAGGUAACUUACUUCGUUCUAAACAUCUAGCUUGUGACAACUCACAUUCAAAAUGAAAGCAAAUAACAACCAUAGAGGAAUAAGUGCCCGAUUUAUACUGAAGACAGAUGAACCGUCCGGACAAAAUUCGGCAAAGAAAAAUUGUUCAUCGGAUAAUUCGUCCGUUUAUAAACGCAACAAACAGAUUGAUCUUUCGUUAUCAUAAAUUGUGAAACUCAUUAAUAAUUCAUGAGGAAAACACAAAGAAAAAUCAUAAGCGUGUCGUAUCUGUAUAUGUGAUACAGAUUCAUGUUGAUUUACAUAAACUUUAACUUUGAUUUUCUCGGCUUAGACAACGUUUAUAAAAUUACUUCGCCAAUGAACUCAUAAGAUGAGUCGUUUUUUUAAGUUGUUUAUAACAUUCGCGUCCGUGUUGUAUCGGAUAUACAAACUCUCGCCUUCGGCUCGAGUUUGGAUAUCCGAUACAACACGGCCGCUCAUGUUGUAAACAUUACUUGUGAAACUCAUUAAUAAUUCAUGAGGAAAACACAAAGAAAUCAUGAGUGUGAAGGAGUUUGUAUAUCUGAUACAGAAAUCAUGCUGAUUUACAUAAACUUUAAGUUUAAUUUUCACACCAAAUAUCAUUCAUUUAUUUAAAUUUUUGAAGAAUACGAAUGUUCUCAUCGAGACGUUUCACAAACCAUUUACAACAUUCCCGUCCGUGUUGUAUCAGACAUACAACCUCCCGCCUUCGGCUUGAGCUUGUAUAUCUCAAUACAACACGGCUGCUCAUGCUUUAUCUAUUACAAAAACACCAGGUAUUCAAUGCUAUGUUUUAUCCCAUUCCAGGCAGUUCCACAACUCUAUCAAAAUGGUCCAGACUUUGCUUACAACGUGAGUUACGGAAAACCCGGCACAGAAUGGCAACAUAAAGUAGUCCAGGGAAGGGAAAGUUAUACGAUAUCAAACGCGGGCGCCGAUCAGCUGUGGGAAUUCAAAGUUAAAAGCAAGAACGCGCAGGGGAAUGGACCUGAGUGUCAAACACAACAAGCGCGGACGGCAAGAGUGGGUAUGGAAUCUAGUUGUUUCAAAAUAUAACCCAGUUUAAAGUGCCUAUGACACGAAAUUUCACCCCAAAGGUUUAUGGUUGCAUUGUAAAGAUCGCUUAAAAUGACUUAAUAAUUUCUUUUAUAGAAUUUUGGUAACUUGCUCCCUUUUCAAGAUAUUCAACUUUGUUUCAUAUGCAAAUAUCACCGGUGUGACAUCACAUCACAUAAUGAGUUUUCAGAAAAGUAUAGUUUUCUUGACGAAUACGUAUCUAAAAAACUUAAAAAUUGCCCUUGUUUAUGUAUUAAUUUCGUGACUGGUUAUUAAUUCUCUGUAUUUGUUUGUAAAAAUAUUUUAUGAAGGUAAAAUAUUGCGUUUUCAAAAUGUCAUUAUGCGAUGUGAUGUCACACCGGUGAUAUUUGCAUAUGAAACAAAGUUGAAUAUCUUGCAAAGGAAGCAAGUUACGAAAAUUCUAUAAAAGAAAUUAUUAAGUCAUUUUAAGUGAUCUUUACAAUGCAAUUAUAAACAUUUGGGGUGAAAUUUCGUGUCAUAGGCACUUUAAGGGAGCGGUCAUUAUUUCUGGCUGGGCCACCGAAGAGAAAUGUUUUUUCUUGGUAAAAUUUGGCUGAUCCCACCAUUUUAGAAAGUAAAAGAAAAUUUUUACCCAACCUCAUAUAUCAAUUAAAAAAUAGAUACCCAUCGCUUACUAAAAACUUUACAAAAGGAUAUCAUUCAGUUGUCACAUAUAUGUCCUUUACCACUUCUGUGACAUGAGUUUGAUAAUGCAAUUUUCUGCAGUCUAAAGUUUCAUAUUGUCUGCACAUGUACUUUCUUUGGAGACAUCAUUUGCCUCCUGAAAAAUCGAUAAAUGAUCAAGAUAGUGACUCUGAUUGAUUCACAUAUUGUAUUGACAGAUGAUUGUUGACAUUGCUUUUUAGUCUUCGACAUUUGAGUGAGUCAUGCUUUGGAAAUGACAAUAAAUUUUUAUUACCCAACCCUUGAGUUGUUUUGUUUUUCAUUUACCCCACCUUUUUAAUACUCACUCAAAAUUUUGUUUACUCAACCCUUUUCCCUUCGGUGCCCCCCCCCCCCAGCCAUAAAUGAUGACCAGUCCCCCCUAAUCUUACUUUUCCGAGCGCUGGAGCAAUAGCUGAACCUCUAGGAAGAACGGUUGUAUAAAUUCAUUUUUUGUUAUAUCUAGCACCAAAAUCGGCUCCUCAGUCGCUGGAAUAUAAGGAGAUCGGUGCGGACUAUGUGAUUCUUCAAUGGACCCAAGUGGAUGCUUCGGGAAUUGAGGGAUAUCAGGUAAUACAUCGGGAUUUAUGUGAGCCAGGAAAGAUUAUACGAAUGGAUAAGCCUAUUUCAGAGUUUUCAUUGCGGAUCCAAAUCACUCAUUCUAUUAACAAACGCGCCGCAUCUUUGGAAAUAUUUUGAUACAAAUUAGCAAAGAUACACAACAAUGGACGACUUGCGCUUUAGAAAAAAUUUUAAUCUGGGAAUAACAAAGGAUAUUUUCGGAAAGAAGUUAUCAAAAUUAGAAAAAACUGCAAAGUUCGGUUGCGAAAUGUUGUAAAAUACGGAAAAUAUAGCCCUGCGAAGUUGGCAAAUUUGUAUACAUUUCUAUUACGUGCGGAAAGUGGUAACUAAUUUAGUUACCAAUUCACGCACGUAAUACAAAAGUAUACAAAUUUGCCAACUUUGAAGGGCUAUAUUUUCCGUAUUUUACAACAUUUUGCAACCAAACCUUGUAAUAUUACUAAUUCCAAGACGCUCUUUCUAGCUGUGGUGAUAUAUUUCGUUGUUCUUACUUAGAUUGAAAUUUAGCCUAUAGCGCAAGUCGUCCAUUACUGAUAUUUUUUUCUGUGUUGGUGUUUUGUACUCAGGUGAAUAUGUUUGUGAUGUUACUCCAAAGGUCGUAGGUUCGAUUCCCACCGUGGCUAGGCAUAUUUUUCAAGCUUGCCCGGUAUGGAUAUACACUCAGAGUAACAUCACAAAAUUACUGAUAUCUCAUUAUAUAUGUAAUUGAGUAAAUGACGUCACAUGGUUACAAACAAAAUGAAAUAUCUCAAGAACUAAGCAUGGGAAAAAACUUCAAAAGAAGUUACUAUACAGUUUUAAGAGCAUUUUCGUUUAAGAAAAUAAAAAUUUUAAUGACAGUGCCACAUUUAAUAGAAAUUAUAUAUUUUUGCUUACAGCUCAGUUAUUGGUACAAAAACACAACAGAAACCAGAGUGCGACGUGCCGCAAGCACUUGCAACGCCGAAAACAACCCUUGCACAACCCGAAUUCAAAAUCCAGCAACGCGCAACUACACACAGCAAAAUCUAAAACCUUUUAAAGAGUACACAAUGUUUUUGCAAGCCAACAACAGCGUGGGACUGGGACCGAAAAGUGAUCCUCUUACGCUGACCACAAAAGAAGGCAGGCCCGGGCCUCCUGAGCACUUGAAAGUCACGCGCUAUGGCCGUUACUUAAAUAUGACCUGGAAACCACCGGCCGAAACAAACGGGGUUAUAACUGGAUAUGUACUUAGCAUUACUAAUGGUACGAAUAUAACAGUUGAUGGAAACACUAGGGCGUAUUUGUUUAAAGAUCUGGAGCCAUUGACGGCGUAUGGUGUGUCUAUUAAUGCCAGGACUUCAGCAGGAGUUGGGAAUACAGUAUCGAAGACGGUUAUCACAACUGAAAUAAGAGGUAUAAGAUAUAGAAUAUUUUUAGUUAGGCCCAGUGUACAUGAGACCGGGACGAAGUCAAACUGGAAUGAAAAUUGAAAUUGUCAACAUGUUUACAUGAGAUCGGUACGAAAAUUUCAUUUAUUUAUUCCCCAAUUUAUUUUCAAUUUAUGGCUUUUGUUAGGGACUGGUCAUUAUUUAUGGUGUGGGGUGGCACCGAAGAGAAAUGUUUUUUUGCGGCAAAAAUUGUGCUGACCCAACCAUUAAAAAGUAAAAAAAUUGAAUACCCAACCUAAAAUAUCGAUUAAAAAAUAAAUACCCACCCCUGGCCAAAAACUUACGGUACUAAUGGUACUUACAAACGGAUACCAUUCAGUUGUCACACAUGUCCUUUACCACUUCUGUGACAUGAGUUUGAUAACUGCUUGUGCAAAUUUCUGCAGUCUAAAGUUUCAUGUUGUCUGCACGUGUACUUUCUUUGGAGACACCAUCUGUCUCUCAACAUAUCGGAAAAUUAUCAAGAUAGUGAUUGGUUCACAUAUUAUAUUGAUUGGUUCACAUAUUAUAUUGACAUCUGACUGUUGACAGUGCUUUUUGGUCUCCAAUAUUUCAGUGAGUCAUGCUUUGGAAAUGACAAUAAUAUUUUAUUACCCAACCCUUGAGUUGUUUUCUUUUUCAUUUACCCAACCUUUUACUCACUCAAAAUUUUGUUUACCCAACCCUUUUCUCUUCAAAGUUACCCCAUAAAUAAUGAUCGGUCCCUUAGCAUGUGUUGUUCCAAUGUCAAGGUUACAGCCGAGACCGGUCUGAAAUGUAUUUGUGUUUACAUUCAUCCCAGUCUGAAUUCAUGCCGGUCUGAAGUCAGUCGGUUCGGUCCAGCAGGUGGAAUGACUUGAGACUGGUCUGAGUUAUUUUCGUCCUGGUCUCAUGAAAACAUCUACUAUAAAUAAUUGACUAUGACCGAAACGAAAACGGUCCUGAUUUGACUUCGUUCCGGUCUCGUGUAAACGGGGCCUUAGAUAGCAAUUUUAUUCAAUGAAGGUUACACUAGACCAGGUAUGGAAAAAGCAUCGGACCACGAUCAACCAAACAACCCUAUUGCUAACAUUUUGAGGCAUAACAUUCAUUAUGAACGUAAUCAUAGUUAUAAUUUAAGACACGAGGGACUAAAUAGAGUAAGGGCACGUACAGAACGUUUCUCUCAGUUUAUUACAUGCAAAUAUUAUUGAUGUUUCUUGGUCAUUGUAGGUUAAACUUUUUUAUUUAAUAUUGUUCAAUAGAUAAUUUUAUAUUUGUAAUAUUUCUAAAAGCUCAUUGUCAUCUCUAGUUUAAGCGUGUAAUUCAGUUUUGUAACUGCAAAGCGUUUUAUUAAACUAUUUAUUAUUAUUAUUAUUAUUAUUAUUAUAAAGGCCCAGACACACCGGACGCGAUUCGACAACGCGGCGCGAUUUUUCGAUUUUCACUGACCGAUAACUUUGAUCCUGGUUUAAGUUUUCAGUCAAAUAUGUAGAAGCGCUGUAACAUUUUGAGUUAUUUGAUCUACAUAUCUUUUAAAAUCUCCUUUCAUUGACUGUUUUAUUAACUUUCAAAAACUGAAAAAUCGCGCCUGGUGUGUAUCGGCUUUAACGCCUAACCCCUGUCGAAGCUCCUCAGUGGUACCGCUUGCACACCACUAUAGGCGUAAAAAAAUAACUGUGGUUCCGGUUUCAUAUCGUGAAAAAAUUAGGGUCGGUAGGUCGGAAAUAAAUUUUUUUUUGAAUAUUUUUUUCAUAGAUCGGAAGAGCACGGUUUUCUGCUGGGCGAUUUGCAGUGGAGUUCCGACAUCAAUAUUAACUAGAGAUGCGUGUUUCCUAUGGACGAAUUUAGGCAAUUUAGUUCAAUAAUUAAUGUGACAACAGACCCCAUUUUGGCACGCUGUAUGAGCAGCCCGCAACCACCUGGAGAAAAUAGGGUCGCACGGUCAAUCGCGUUGAAAAAAAUAAUAGGGUCGGCAGAAAAAAAUAGGGUCGGUCGGGAACCGGAACCACAGGUAUUUUUUUUUACGCCCUAGGAAUGUUUCCACCCCUCCUUUUAAAAGAAUGAAAAUCCGCCCUUGAGUCCAUAACUAUAUCCCAUAACUAUAUUCUUAUCACGAUCAUCAUCAUUUCCUGUGGCAUGCUGACCAUUUCCAUCUAUGUUUUUAGCUCCUGCAGUGGCAGAACCGCCAUUUGUCCAUGGUGUGGACGAAGAUAGUGUUAAUGUGACGUACAAUGCUAGCACACACGAGGGAGGAUUUCCUGAGAAAUUUUACAUCGUUUACAAAGAAAAAGGUAAAUAUAUUUUAUUCUACAGGGUGUAUCAAAAAAAGUAA